GUGAGCGUUCGUGGUCAACGCCAUUACGUUUCCGUGCACAGUGCCGUUCCCGCUUGUGUUAAUGAGAAGGCACACAUACAGAGGAAGGCAAUUUAUUUUCUUCUUCUUCUUAUUAAGUGGCUCUGGGGAAGAGACGGCUGAUUACGGAUACCAUUCUUAGUUUUCGCGCUCUCCUAAGUGGGUGGUUUUAAAAUUAUUUACAAAUUGGGCCGGCUUUGUUUGACUGUUUUGAGGCCUACAGCGACUAAGUAUGUACCCCACUUGGGGGAAGUAUGGCGGUGGUGCCCAGCAUCCUCCUCCAGUUCCGCAGAACUAUGGCGGCAAUCCUCAUCCUGUUAGAGGGACAGCACCGGUCGGAGGAGGCUAUGGGGGAUACGGGCCGCCUGGUGGGAGCUUUACCAGGGGGCCGGCUCCACCUCAAGGCAAUUUCCAGAGUCUGAGGGAACAGCACCUGCAGCAAAUGCAACAACUACAGCAGCUCCACCAGAAGCAACUGCAGUCCGUGCUGCAUCACAAUAGCAGUCCUUAUGGCGUUGGUGGAUGCUCUCCCGAUGCCUGGCAGGGAAGUAGCGCUGGGCCCCCUCCCCCCGGUCCAGGUGUUGGUGAUGGUGUUUCUUCUGGGCCUUCGUACCAGCAGCAUCCGCUACUACAACAGCAGCCGCAGCAUCAACAGCACCACCAACAACAACAACCUCCACCACCACUACCAGCACCAGCACCAACACCACCACCACCGUCGCAAGCACAGCAGCAACAACACAGACCAGUGGAUCCUAAACCGCCAGCGCAGCCACCUCCGGACACAAACCCCAUCAAUGCACCAGACCAACCGAAUAAGAAUAUUAAUAAUAAAUACAACGAAUGCGCUCAGCAACAAGAUAACAGUGAUGAGAAGCAGGAGCAGCAUCCAGAUUUGUCUUCAAUGUCAUUACAGGAGCAACAGCAGUAUUGGUACAAGCAGCACCUGCAGAGUUUGCAAAAAUUGAAACAGCAGCAGAAAAAUGAAAAGGCUAAAGCAAGUAAGUUUCCAGGAGAUCAACCCCCUGACAACAAGCAGCCUGCCCCACCUCCACCCAUGGAGCCUCCAAAAAAGGAACCCCCACCACCACCUCCCAAAGAAGAGCCCCCUCCUCCGCCCCCUCCAGAGGAGUCCAAGGCCACUAGUGUUACAUCCCUGGAGGAUCCAGUCGAGGCAGCACGUUUGCAGCAUCUUCAGGCUGCAGCAGCUCAGUGGCAGCAGACUCAGCAACAGAGAACAGGCUAUCAAUACCAGGCAAUGAUGCAGCAGCAUGCACAGCUCCAACAACUCCUGGCUCAGUACCAGCAGUUCAUGCAACAGCCAGCGCACUUUCAGACCAUGCCUAUGGAUAUGCAGCUUAGACAUUACGAGAUGCAGCAGCAGCAAUUUAUCCCUCUGUAUCAGGAGUGGAAUCGGCAAUUUCUAAUCUGGGAAGAGCAGUUCCAGACCUAUCCACAUAAGGACCAGCUGCGUGAAUACGGUUCCCAGUGGAAACAAUGGCAAGAGCAAAUGAAAUCCACCUCUUCCCACCUGCAAGAAAGGCUGACCACUCUUCGUAACAUGCAGCAUCAGUUUGUCAGCCCUCCUUAUGUGGGUAAUAUGGUAGGAGUGCCCCAGUAUGGGCAUUAUCACCAGGCUGCACCAGGAGGACCAGUACCACCACCAGUGGCCUCUGUUCCUCCACUUCCACCAAAGACUCCUGCCGUAACACCCCCCGCUCCAAUGCCCCAGGGUCCACCCCCCGCUCCAAUGCCCCAGGGUCCACCCCCCGCUCCAGUGCCCCAGGGUCCACCCCCCUCUCCAAUGCCCCAGGGUCCACCCCCAGCAUUGCCUGCCCCACCAGGGAAGGUGAGUACACAAGUUAAUGCCCAGGUGUCUCCCGUGACAACUGCUUUAGCUGAAGCAAAGAGUGGCACUUCGUCUGUCACAGGAAAAUCAGCAACAUCUUCUGCAUCGACAUCGUCAUCAUCAUCAUCAUCAGUUUCUACUUCAGCUGGACCUACUGCUUCUGGUGUGAGACCGUCGGGUGUAUUGCUAACUACCAAUAAAGUGACUAGGUUUGAAGGCCCUAGAGGCCCUAGAUUUGAUGGUCCCAGAGGGAGAGAUUCUCCUAGUUCUGGUCCACCACCCAGAUUUGUUCAACACAGGUUUGAUCAACCUCCCAGAUCUGAACAACCAUCUAGAUUUGGAGCACCAAACAAAUUUGAUCAGUCCACCAAAAUUCAAAAUCAACCACCCAAAUCUGAUGCUUCAGGGCCCCCAGUAUUAAAACCACAAGACGGUCAAAUUGAGGGCUCUGACACAAAAAUAUCUAAAUUUGAGGACCAGUGUCUUAAAAGACCUGUAACCACAUCAGAAGAUCAGAGAGAUUCAGAUGUUGGAGACUCGACUUCCUGUCUGUCUGUUACAGAAGAUCUUUUGGAUUCGGAUUGUGGGUUUUUCAUCCCUAAUGAUCCCAUCCCUCAGAGAGUAGGGCCAGUGGAGAAACCAAAGCAGUCUGGCGGACAGGCUCCAAAAAAACUGCCUGCCUCUGAUACAGCCAAGUCCACUCCUUUAACAGCUUCUCCUGAAACUCAGAAAGAGCCUUCCACUAAUAAAAAUACCUUAAAACCUGGAGAAGACAAAUACAAAACAGGAGUGCAGGGAGGGUUGAAAGGCACUGAGCAGCUUCCAAAAAAACCAGUACCCUCCAAGUCGCCUCCUAAAUUCUCUGCAGUGGAUAGUCGGAAUACAUCAAUGGCUCCCAAAGGGCUUGGGAGGGGGCAGCCUGCAUUUUCAAAGAUUAAAUCAGUAGGUGUGGCUCCCAACUCUAAGCCUUUUGACUAUAGACCUCCAUACAUGGAAGGCAGUAAGGACAGAAGCCAGGAUCAGGAGAAUAGCAAUGCAUGGGGGGAUUCUACCAUAGACAGGCAUGGUGCUGAGAGGGAGCAGAUGCCUCCUCGAAAUGAAAUGUGGGGUGGGGAGCAAGAUGAAGAGGAACCUUUCAGCGAACAUUAUUAUGAAGGCCGGGAUAGAGAAAGCCCCCCAUUGGAAAGAGAGCUGCUGGAUGACUUUGGGAGAGAGAGACCAUGGGGAGAGCCAGAGCCUGAAUAUUGGGAGGACAGGGAUCCAUACUGGAGGGAGGAAAGACCACCAUUCCGACGACAUUCUCCACUACCCCAUGAGGCCAUGGACAGGGGCCCACCUCGCCGACACCUUGAAGUAAUGGAUAGAGAUCCCAGGGGUCCUCCUUCUGUACCCCAUGAUGUCAUGGAGAGAGAUCCCAGGGGUCCUCCUUCUGUACCCCAUGAUGUCAUGGAUAGGGUUCCCAGGCACCCCCCUCUACCCCAUGAAGCCUUAGAUAGGGGCCCUCAUUCCCUACCCCAUGGUGCCAUGGAUAGAGAUCCCAGGCGCCCCCUUCUGCCCCAUGAGAUAAUGGAAAGGGAUUCCAGACGUGACAGUUAUUACCGGGAUUACAAGCAGGAGUUGGACUCAGAGCCUGGCAGAUAUGGUAGACUUUAUCCAGAUUACCACAGCAGGGAUUAUGAGCGAGACCAGGAAUACUACAGGCCAAGAGAUGAGUGGGAAAUGGAGGAACGUGGCCGGGAUUACCCACCAUAUCCUCCACGGCUGCCGUCGGAGCACGUUCGAGAGGAGCGCUGGAUAAAUGAAAGGGAUCGGGACUAUUUGUAUGAAAGGGAUAUGAGGGAGAGGGGGGAUAUGAGGGUCAGGGAAUACCCAGAAGGACCAGGCUAUAGGACGGAAGAGCGAGACUACCCACCGGGGAGACCAGAAUGGGGCAGAGAGGUCCUGCCUGAGAGGAGUUACAUACCAGAGAUAGAUGACCAGAGACCCCCGUUUGAAGAUUACUUGGAAGCUGCUCCUCCUGGCCAGUCCCCUGCAAUUCUUCCUCCUGCUACUAAUUUUCCUCCUCAGCCCGGCGAUACUUCUGAAAGUCUUAUGGAAGAAUCUUCUAACACGGCACAGAAUGUGCUGGCACUUUCUCAGAGACAGCAUGACAUUAUUCUGAAAGCUGCUCAGGAACUCAAGAUGUUGAGGGAACGCCAGGAGCAGCUGCAGGUGCUAAAUGAUUUUAUUAAACACGAUCCAGCUGAUCCAGUGGCACAGCCAGGGGCUGUAGGGGCAGGAAUGGUGGGGAUGCAGGUCCAUCCAUCAGUUACGGCUGCUUUCCAGGCUAACCAAGGCCCUGAAAGUGGCCUGGUUUCUACAGGUACAGAGCUUUUGGCCCACACUGAAGAGAAGAACUGGGGCAGGGAUAAUGUACACAAUCUUUGGGACUCUGGAAGUGGUACUCAAAUUACUGAAUCUAGCUUUGGGUUAUCCCACGCUGUACAAGACCAUGCAUCACUGCCAGCAUCAUCGCUGAGCAAACCACCUGUUAUUCCAAAGACUGUGGAUUAUGGCCAUGGACGUGAUGUUCCUACAGCUAAAGUUGAACAGAGGUCCUAUGGAGAGAGGAUUGUUCUAAGACCUGACCCAGUUCCUGUUGAGAGAACAUAUGAGAAAGAGCUGUUGAUCCCCCGGGAUUACGAGAGAGACCCAUACUUUGAGCGUCGAGGAGACCCAUAUUUGGAGCGCAGAGAGUAUGGGAGAGAGAGGGAGCGAGAACGAGACCCAUACUUUGAGAAACCACCUAUGGAUUACGAGAGGGAAAGAUAUGAGAGGGAUCACUACUCCAGAGAGGAGAGGUUUCCUCCUGGCUCCUUGUCCAGGUCAGUAGACAGGGAAAGAGAGAGAGACCGAAGCAGAGACGGAGAGAGAGACCGAGAGGGCAGGGAUAGCCGAGACAGAGACAGCAAGGAUCAUCGAGAUAGCAAAGAGCGCUUUAGCAGAUCUGUACAUGACAGACCACCCUAUGAUCGUGGCCCUGAUCGGCCGCCCUAUGACCACGGACAUCCUGGAUACGGAGGUGACAGUCGGGGGUACCCUGAAGAAAGAAUGCCUGUUCCUGCUCCCUCUUUGCCUCACCCUCCCCCCCCUCAGCCACGUGUUGAGAAGAAACCCGAAAUGAAAAAUGUGGAUGAUAUUCUCAAACCUCCAGGCAGGGAGAGCCGACCUGAGAGGAUGGUUGUCAUUAUGAGAGGACUGCCAGGUAGUGGGAAAACGCACGUUGCCAAACUGAUACGGGAUAAGGAGGUGGAAUAUGGAGGGGCACCUCCUCGCGUUCUUGGCCUGGACGAUUAUUUUAUGACUGAGGUGGAGAAAGUUGAGAAGGAUCCUGACACGGGAAGGCGUAUCAAAAAGAAGGUCUUGGAAUAUGAAUACGAGCCAGAGAUGGAAGACACGUACCGCAGUAGUAUGAUAAAAACAUUUCGAAAGACACUGGAUGAUGGGUUCUUUCCUUUCAUCAUCAUAGAUGCCAUUAACGAUCGAGUCAAAUACUUUGAUCAGUUCUGGAGUGCUGCUAAGACUAAAGGUUUUGAGGUCUACUUGGCUGAAAUCAGUACAGAUAAUCAGACAUGUGCCAAAAGGAACAUCCAUGGACGUAAACUAAAAGACAUUACAAAGAUGGCUCAUAAUUGGGAGACUGCUCCUCGUCACAUGGUGCGCUUGGAUAUUAGGUCCUUGUUACAAGAUGCUGCUAUUGAGGAGGUUGAAAUGGAGGAUUUUGACCCAGCAGAAGAAGAACAGAAAGUGGAGACAAAGGAUGAGGAUAUAAAAGAGGAGGAAGGCGAUCUGGGUUACAUCCCAAAAAGCAAAUGGGAAAUGGACACAUCCGGGGCAAAACUUGAUAAACUAGACGGCUUGAGAAGCAGCAACAAGCGGAAGCGGGACUCGGGGAGAAUGUCAGGAAUGGAAGACUAUCUGCAGCUUCCUGACGAUUACGAAACCCGCAGAUCCGAGCCGGGCAAGAAGAGGGUGAGAUGGGCAGAUCUAGAAGUGAAAAAAGAUGCUGACAGAAAACGUGCUAUUGGAUUUGUAGUUGGACAAACAGACUGGGAGAAAAUCACAGAUGAAACUGGUCGGCUCGCACAAAGAGCGCUGAACCGCACCAAAUAUUUUUAACGUUCAUUUUGAGCCGUACAUUUUGGAACUUGAGAUUUCCACCUGUGAAGAUUUAGAACCACUGUCAACCAGAAGUGGGCAUGAAUUUGGUAACUCUAGUUUUCUACUGUGAGCCCUUGGUUAUUUCAUAAGUGAUUUGAUCAUUUAAAACUCCUGAACGAUUUUGUUGUGCCAGUGUAGGCAUGGUGGCUUUAGAUUGUUUUGUUUAAAUGUGUAUUCUGUGUGUGUAUGUAAUCCAUGAGCGUUGCUGCUUAUUUUACCAGUACAGUGAAACAAUAACGUUUUUUUUUUUAAAUAAACAAGGCUGUCAGUAGUUCAGUUUUGAUAAAAUAUACUGUAGGUGAACUAGAGCUACAAAAAUGUCUGACUGAAUUACUUCUUCACUGUUUCAAAGCAUAAAGUUUUGCAGAAAAUCGUAAAAUUGUAAAUAUCGAUCUGGUGUUUCCCAGUACCUGCAUUAGAUUUCAUUGUUGUUUGUCACUUUAAGAAUUAAAAAUGGUAAAGAACAGUA